GGUCUUUUAUGUUUUAUACUAUAUAUAUUUUGUUGCAUAAAAUAGUUCAUUAGAUGGAUAUUUAUAUAAUUAAGAAAUAUUAACACUAAUUUUUAUAAUAUAUAUAGUAAAAUAAUAUUUAUAUAUUUAUUUAUAAUAAUAUUCUAUUGAAAACGAAAAUAUUUAGAAAUAUAGGACCUUUUUAUACAUAAAAAAGUUCAACUUCAUUUUGGAGUAAUGAGUUGGUUUACUCCAUAUUUGGAGUAAUCAUAUCUAUUACUCCAUUUUGGAGUGGGUUUUGGAGUGGGGUUGGAGAUGAUUUUACUGCAAAAUGAAGUUUGGAGUGGAUUUUGGAGUAGGGUUGGAAAUGUCCUAAUAACACAAAAAAAUGAAUACACGUGCUUAUUGUUUUUUUUGUUGCCAUGUUUAUGAGUUGUGAAUUUCGGUGAAAUUUCAGGAUUGGGAUGAAUGUUUUUUUUGUAUACCGAGUUAACGUACUGAUUCAUGUCCACACUGACUAUGUAUUUAAUACGUGCGUCCGCACCUACCAACGCAUGUCUUCGUUUAUUUGGUCGUGACUUUGAGAGUUAAAGACUGAAUCAAACUUGGGACAUGAAUUUUUCUCUAUGAAUAUAUUAUUCGCUUUAUGUGGCAGUUGAAAACUUCCAAGUUCCUUGGCUUAGUGGAUUCGGUUUUUAAGGUGAUAUCAUGUCGUCUUGACCUACAAAACCGAAUGUGAAUCGUCGUCAUGUAGCGUUUUAAAUAUUGACGAACAAAGAAACAAUAGUUGAAUUAUAUACAUGUUUAUUAAACAGAUUAAUUUGACCACAAUUCUUAUUUAACCGGUUGAUAUCUGGUCAAUUAACCAACGUUUGGCAGACUCUGCGUAUGUAAUUCUCUAAAAACCAAAGAAUAAUCAAAGAUCAAUAAGUACCAAUAAUCUAUUUUCAAGUACAUUUUUCUUCUAAACUGAACCGGAAUCUACUUAUUAACGGUAAACCGGUAUAGUAAUUUUGAUUGUCAUGUUUUGAAUGUUUACUUGUGAAUUUGUGAUAUACAUUGCGGUCCAAGGCAAAAACCGUGUUAUGUCUUAACUUGUUUGAUCAAUUCCUAUUGUUUAAGUUCAAAUGUUGAAAACCAAGUCUUUCCUAGUAAAAGUCAAGGCACGAGAAAAUCUAAGUAGGACCAAAAGCCUCCAAGUCACACAAAGCUACCAGUUUACCAAUCAACCAACACCAUUAUCGACAACCUUAUAUAUAGGUCAUUAUCAAAACUAAAUAUGAUACAAAACAAACAAGGAGUAAAGCCAUACAACAACUUUUACGUGCCAAGACCAAAAGAAGAAGAAGAAAUUCGUACUUUUAAUAUACAAAGAAACAAGAGAGAAAUGAUGAUGAAGAGACAAAUGAUACUUGGAGUGAUUCUGCUUGGAUUCUUGAUGAUUUUCUUGGGCACCACACAAGUGGAAGCGGCUAGGCCGUUGCGAACCAGCGGUGAGAUUCAAUACGUGUUCCAGUUCCUGCAAAGAGGUCCGGUGCCGCCCUCAGAUCGAAACGGAUGUACCCACAUUCCGAGACAGGGAGGUUCGUGCCGCGGCUGAGCAGUCACGUUAGUCUGAUUAUACAUCCUGGUUAAUUUUUUUUUCCAAAUUUAAGGUAGUUAAUGUAAUAAACACAACAAUGGUUUUGUGUGUUGGUUCUAUAUUUAAAGCAGUUAGCAACUUCAAAAGCAAAUGUAUGUAUUCAUUAACUUUGUAAAAGCUGCAAAAAGCUUGUUGAUGAGAUUAAUUAUUAUUUUAUUUGUUAAGGAACUACAUAGUCUACAUGUAUAACCAUUUUGGUUCAUAAUUAUAAUAUUAUUUUUUAUCUUUACGCAUCUCUCUGAUCAUCUUCAUAAAAUGUAAGCCCCGGUUAUAAUGUCGACCAUCCACUACAAUAAAACAGCGACAUACUGAGGGAAAAAAUCGUCGGUAUGUCGUCAGAAUAAUGCUAUUCCGACGACAUACCGACGAAAAAAAUCCUCGAAAAUAACUCCUCGGAAAUUCAUCUUUCCUCGGAAAUCCCUCGGAAAUUUCCGACGGAAUUCCGAGGAAAUUCAUUUCCUCGGAAUAUUCC